AUGAGAAAAGCUGAGGUGCAAAUGACCCUGAAAAAGGGGGCAGAUGAAGCAGUGGCCCCACCAAGUCCCAUCAUCCCUCCAAAACGGUCCAAAGCAAGCCCAGACCAAGUUAUCCCAGAACCUCAAGGACUUGGUUAUCCCACCCCAAGCCCACCGGUUUUUAUGCGGAAAAUGAGAAACGCUGCUGUGGGGACAGGCUGUGACAUCCGUCUCAAGGUGACUGUGGCUGGAGAUCCCCAGCCCUCCCUGUAUUGGUACCACAAUGAUGAACUCCUCAACAUGGAGAACCAAGAGUACGGAGGGCUAUGGAUUAGGGAUUGCAAACCAAGUGAUGCUGGUCUCUACACCUGCAUUGCCAACAAUCACCUGGGAGAGGCUCGGAGCAGCGCUGUACUGGCUGUACUGGAUCUGGGUGAAGACUCUGAAACAACAGAAGAUGAAGGUGAAGACCAAUAUGAGACCAAAGAAGAUAGUGGGGAUGUUGAGGACCAGGCUGUGCCUACAGUGAUGGAAAAAUGUGUUGAAGAUGACAGUAGAACACGUGGACAUGAAGAUCACUCUAGUAGAAGCCAGCCAGAGGAUUUUUCAAGAGAAUCUCCCCCACAAGUCCUCCCACCCCCAUCUCCAAGACUGGUCAAACGCACCUCCACCUCUCCAAUGCCAAGUCGCUCUGGUUCAACUACUCCUCUUAGCCUGCGGAAGAAAACUGUUGUGCCAACCGAAUACCAAGACACAGUGCCUGGGGAGUUUGAAGAAAAGGUUAAGCAGCCAAAAUCUGUGUCCCUAAGUAACACCCAAGACUCCCGACCACAGACUCCACUGAGUGAAUAUUCCAGGAAAGAAUUUACUCUCAGACCCUCCCCAAAGCUUACAAGGGCUAGUUCAAAGGUUUUUGAGAAGGUCCGCGACUUAGAAGAGCGGAGACGAAGUCUUGAUAUUCCAGAAGGUUCCAUUUCGGGAAGAUCUUGGGCAGGGUUCAAUCGGGAAGGAUCUGUAGAUUCAGAUGAUGGAGGAAGCCGGUUGGGAAUCUCUAGAGAAAGUUCAAAGGAAGAUCUUAGGGAAGCUCUAAAAGAGGAUGCUGCUGAACGAAGGUCUAUGUUUAGACAGAGAGCUGCUUCACUGGAAGAGAAACCUCGCUACUCUCAAAAGGUUCAGGACAUUGAAAACAAGUUCACUGAGGAGCUCCAGCGCAUUAAGAAACUCGUUGGUAAACCUCAUCUGAAGAAGUCCUUUUCAACCGAACAGCUAACCCUGAAGGGCAAGCAGCGUCAACCUUUUAGGAAAAUUGAACCUAUUCCUCCUCAGGUCCUGCAAAAGCUCCAAGAAAGGGAACGAGUCCAGUGGGCAAAAGAACAGAGAGAAAGGGAAUUAAGUCAGCAACCAAUGCAGCAACAGCAACAAACACAAGAGCAGAAAUCUCAACCCCAAAAGACAGCAGACACUGGUUUAACAACUGUAUCAGUUAGUAGAGUUGGAGAAGUUGCAGGCACCCCGGAGUCAAUGCGGUUAUCCGACUUACCAGGACAACGAUCAGUGAGAGAGUUUAAUAGAGUCAGUCCAGUUACAGAAAUUUUUCAGCGAUCAUCAUCACCAGCAAUAGGUAAUCAUCACAGGGAAGAUUCACCAAGCAGAAAUGUUACGGAGAUGGCAUUGCGCAAGGUUGAACGAAGGCCACCGAGUCCUCUUGUACAAAGGGUGUCUCGAAUGCAAGAAUCCCCACACAUCCAAGAAUCUCUUGUGCAAACAUCACAAAAGGAUGAGACUUCAGGGAGAAAGACACCAAUUGAAGUAGCAGUAAGAAAAAUUGAACACAGACCAGAGAGUCCUCUGGUACAAAAAAGGCCCAUCAUUGUGCAAGAUUUUGCUCCUUUAAAACCCCCAAGAAUAUCACUGAGCUCCCCAACAGAGGAGAAAAUGGAAGUGGAACUUUCUAAACCGAUCUCUAAGAUCAAGGUCCCUACAAUUAUUGUGGAAGAUGAAAAAAUGGAAGAGGAUGUUCCUGUGCACAAAAGUGAGUCUAAACAUAAGCGUACUAGUCCCAAAGAGGGACAACAGCAGAAGACCAAAGGAAAGAAAAGCCGGACACGACCCCUGUCUCCAGAGUUAGAUUCUUCAGAUGAUUCUUAUGUGUCUGCUGGAGAAGACCCCAUGGAGGCUCCUGUGUUUGAGUUUCCCCUCCAGGAUACUGUAGCAUCUGCUGGUGCAGAUGUACUUCUUAGAACUAUUAUUGCUGGAACCCCUACUCCCGAAGUUACCUGGACUAAAAACAACACUGAAAUCACUGGAACUGCAAACUAUACAGUCAAAGUGGAGGGUGAACGACAUAGUCUCCUCAUCAAAUCAGCUAAAAUAAGCGAUGGUGGAAGCUAUUGUGUAACUGCUGUUAAUCAGGUGGGAAGAGCUUCAAGCAGUGCCACCCUUCUAGUCAAAGCAGAUUCUGUGCAGGAACCAAAGGGAAACCUGGGUGUCCCUAUGGAUAUCAGCAGCCCUAUUACAUCUGAUGAAGAGUAUCUUAGCCCCAUGGAAGAAGUCAUGGACUUUGGAGGGCCAGAGCCAAGGCGAACGAUUGACACACGCUUCAGGAAACCCCCAGCAUUUUUGGUAACAAUGAGUGAUCAAGCUGUCAUUGAAGGACAGGAAGUCACCAUGUCUGUCCGAAUAAGUGGACAGCCCAAACCUAUGCUGUAUUGGCUGAGGGACAGAGUGACGGUAAAAACAGGCCCGCGUCACAUUGUACGUGAGACGGAGGAUGGCGUCUUUGAAAUGACAAUCAAGUCAGCAGUGAGGUCGGACUCUGGGAUUUACACCUGUAGGAUCAUUAAUGAGUAUGGGACAAAGCAGUGUGAAGCAAAACUGGAGGUGACAGCACCACCAGUGGAACCGGGUCUUGCUGUCAUCCGGGCAGUCAGGGACAUCACGGCCAAGGCCGGAGAGACGGUUUUGUUUGAAUGCCACGUCAUUGGACCGAAGGACACUGAUGUGGACUGGCUUGCAGAUGGGAAACUGAUUCAGCCAGCAUUGCUCAACUGCAAAAUGCACUUUGAUGGAAGAAAGUGCCGCCUGCUGCUCAACUCCGUACAUGAAGAUGACAGUGGAACAUACGUGUGCAAACUCAGCACAGCUAAAGAGGAAUUGACCUCAUGUGGCAAACUCAAAGUCAUCCCCUCCCUCGAACCUCUCUUUACUCGCAAUUUGGAUGUUUUGGAAGUGAUCGAGGGCCGCAAUGCUCGAUUUGAUUGCAAAGUCAGCGGGACACCACCUCCUAAGGUUGCCUGGAGCCACUUUGAUCAUGUACUUACAGAAAGUGAGGACAUUCGUAUUCUUCAAGAGGGUGGCCGCCAUUCUUUGAUCAUUUCCCAUGUGACCAGUGAGGAUGAGGGUUUCUACACUGUCAGAGCCCGUAACGGUCAUGGCGAGGCAGAGAGCUCUGCUGAACUUUACAUACAGGAACCACGUCCAGCCAUCUCCUCACAGAUGGCUAAAUUGGAGAAGAUGCCCUCCAUACCUGAAGAGCCAGAGGUCCCAGAGAAUGAGGUGGAGCGUUUCACCAUGCCUGACUUCAUCAAACCCCUUUAUGACCUGGAUGUGAUCGAGGGAAAGGAGGCUGUGCUCAAAUGCAAAGUGGCCGGUUUGCCAUACCCAACCAUAGCCUGGUUCCACAAUGGAAAGAGGAUUGAAAGCACCGAGGACAGAAAGAUGACACAAUUUCGUGAUGUUCACAGCCUGGUCAUCCGCUCCGUGUGCCAUUCGCACGGUGGCGUCUACAAGAGUGUCAUCUCUAACAAAAUAGGGAAGGCCACCUGUUAUGCACAUCUCUAUGUUACAGACAUCCUCCCUGACCCACCUGAUGGGACUCCAGUCAUAGAGUCCAUCACUGGCAAAACCAUCACCCUGAGCUGGAAGAAACCAAGAAGGCUGGACCCUUCAAUAGAUCCCAGCUCCCUGAUGUAUGCCAUCCAACAGCAAGCUCUAGGCUCCAUUCAGUGGAUCAUCAUAGCUUCUGGCCUGAAGGAGACGACUUACAUCAUCACAACCCUCUCCAAAGGUGUGCGCUAUGCUUUCAGGGUACUAACCAUCACCUCCAAGGCCUUCAGCAAACCCUCACCAGCUACUGACCCAGUGCAGCUCCUGGACCGAGGUCCUUACCUUCAGGAGGCUCCAGUGAUUAUUGAUAAGCCAGAAACUGUAUAUGUGAUGGAAAACCAGUCGGUCACUAUCUCUAUCACUCUCAAUCAUGUGAACGCUUCAGUCUUCUGGAAAAGGAGAGGAGUGGUCCUUGGCAACAAGCUGGGCCUGUACGAGAUGACAAUGCCAGAUGACGACCAACACACACUGAAGCUGCUGAAAGUGAAGGUUGCUGACGUCGGAGAGAUGGAGUUUGUGGCCUCCAAUAAGUAUGGCAGUGACAGCUGCAAAUUCAAUGUGGAGAUGGCAGCUCCACCAACGUUUGAGACUAUUAUGGAAGACUUGGAUGUUUGUGCUGGGGAGACCCCUCGCUUUGCUGUGGUCGUGGAGGGCAAACCCAUUCCUGACAUCUUGUGGUUCAAGAAUGAUAUCUUGCUGUCAGAGAGCAGUCAUUACACGUUUGUGUAUGAUGAUAAUGAAUGUUCCCUGGUGGUCCUAAACGCUCGUCUGGAAGACUCCGGGGUGUACACCUGCACUGCAAGGAACUUAGCAGGUUCUGUAUCCUGUAAAGCUGAACUCACCGUUCAUGAAGCUAAAAGUAAAGAAGAUCCAAUGGAUGAUGAGGAAACCAUUCUAAGGAAAAUGCGCCGACUGAUUGACUACUAUGACAUCCACAAGGAAAUUGGAAGAGGUGCCUUUUCCUACGUGAAGCGUGUGACCCAGAAGACGGACAAAAUCGAGUACGCUGCAAAGUUUAUCUCCACGCGGGCCAAGAAAAAGGCAUCUGCUCUGAGAGAGAUGAAGCUGCUCUCCAAGCUGGACCACGAGCGAGUCCUUUACUUUCACGAUGCCUUUGAGAAAAAGAAUGCAGUCAUCAUCAUCACUGAAAUAUGCCACGAGGAGCUGCUUGACAGAUUUACAAGGAAAUCUACAGUAAUGGAGUCUGAUGUGCGUUCAUGUAUAAGACAACUCCUUGAAGGAGUGGACUACCUUCAUCAUCUGAACAUCAUACAUCUGGACAUCAAGCCUGACAACAUCCUCAUGGUGGACCCCCAUGGUGAUCAAAUCCGGCUCUGUGAUUUUGGCAACGCAGUGGAGAUCACGCCUGAUGAAGCUCAGUAUUGCAAAUAUGGCACACCAGAAUUUGUUGCACCAGAAAUUGUCAACCAGAGCCCUGUGUCAAAAGCAACAGAUAUAUGGCCAAUUGGAGUUAUAGCAUAUCUGUGUCUGACCGGAGUCUCUCCGUUUGCUGGUGAGAAUGAUCGUAGCUCUGUGCUGAACAUCAGGAACUAUAACGUGGCUUUCGAGGAGAGCAUGUUUGCUGACCUUUGCCGAGAGGUUAAAGGGUUCAUCAUUAAGCUGCUGGUGGCAGACAGACUGCGACCUGACACCCAGGAAUGUCUCAGACAUCCUUGGUUCAAGACCCUUAGCAAGGGGAAGGCCAUAAGUACAGAGGCCUUAAAGAAGUUUGUAUCCCGCAGAAGAUGGCAGCGUUCUCUGAUCAGCUAUAAAUCAAAAAUGGUCAUGAGAGCCAUACCUGAGUUGCUGAAUGAUUCCUCCAGCCAUGUCUCCAUUGCAAUUCCCAGGCACCUUAAAGAGGGUUCAACAUUGCCAUCAUCUUCCUCUGAUUCUGAUGAGGACAUAGAUGAACUACCCUUUAUUCCAAUGCCACUUAACAUGGAAUUCUCUGGCUCAAGGAUGUCACUGAAUGACAUUCAGACCAAUGAGAAGGAAACAGGGAAGAAGAAUGGAACAAGUAAAUGGUCUGGGUCUACUGUUGAAGGCCAUGAGGCAAUGGAGUGUGAUCCUAAGGAAAUGGGUAAAGAAGGAAUUGAGGUAGGAGGUAAAGCUCGACUGAGGAAAAGGUCAUCACAACUUAAUGAAAAGGGUUCUUCAGAUGAUGAAGAGCAACCUGCUGAAUUUCCCCAAAAGUCAGAGCUGUCUAGAAAACCACUGAGACGGGGUUCUAGCAUGGAGUCAGAUAAACCAGAAGGUGGACGACGAAGAGGAGAGCUAAGGCGUGGUGGCUCAGCUGACAGUGCGCUGAUGCUCCGGAUUACACCAGAGGAAGGACCUGGAGAGGGAAGUCAAGAUGAUGGCAGGAGAGUUCUGAAGAAAGCUGUCUCUAUGGAACUACCAAGAAGGAGUACCAGUCCAGGAACUGCCAAUAUGAGCCAAGAAGAUUAUGCUCUCAAACUGGAGCUGAUGAGGCAACGACUACUUCGCGGUGGCUCUGUGGACAACAAGAUGAGUGGACUGAGGGGACCUCUGCUGGAAACAUUAGGAAUGGGAGAUGAGAAACGUGCAAUAUCCACAGAUCGCUACUCUCGUACUGCUCGUCUGGGCCCACCUCCACUAAUUAGAGCUGUAUCCAGUGAUUUUCCGAGGGAUGACGUUCCCAAACCAAAAAUUUUGCGCAAAAGCACUUCUUUCAGUCAGGGGGAUUCUGAGCCCAUACCUUUACAUCGCCGUUCAGGAGCUCCUCUGGAGAUUCCCUUGGCACAGGUAGAAGAGAGAAGGCUAAAGGAGGCUAUAUCUAUGUCAUCUCUAACAGAGCAAACCAAGCUAGACUCCCGUCCAGUGACUCCCAGGGAACCGUCACCAAAACCGCCAACUCCAGAAUCGGUUAUGCAGGAGAGUCCGACCAAAACGGAGAGUGAGGAAUCGUUUAUGGAAAAAGAGAUAAAGCCAGAUGAGACUAUAAGUGAAAAGAUGGACGGGCUGACCACAGAUAGUAAUUUUGAUGAGAGAUCGAGCACCAGUGGUUUCUCUGAAAAGGACAUGAGUAUUUCAGAAGAACCAAUGAUGGAAUCAGAGUCUGUAGAUCAGAGAAUUCCUACACCUCCUCCUAUGGUGCAAAGCCCAAAGUUAGAAGAGAAAAUGGAAGAGGAAAAAGAGGGAGAAAAGGAACAUGAAGCAAAGGAAGAGUCUGUAAAAGAAGAAGAGCAAAGAGUUGAUAGUGCCACUGAAUCAAAUGCUAAAGAAGUAGAAGUUGCCAUAGAACAUGUAGAAGAGAACAUAACUAUCCCUGUGAAAUCUUCCGAGGUGACAAUAACCACAAGCUCAGUUAUAGUGAGACCAACACAAGAAUAUUCCAUUCCCCCAGGAAAAGUUGUUUCAACAUAUGUAACACCCUCGCUUCCUGCUCGAGUUGUUCUUCCAGAUGGAAGGACUUCAGCAUAUGCCAGCAUUAUGCAGACUAUGAUGGUUCCUUCACUUCAUCCUCAAAAUGAGCCACCACUAGGCCCUUCUACACCUGUUGUUACUCCAAUGGCUUCAUCAUCCUCUGUAUCAACUGAAAUACCUCCCCCUGCCAGCUCUGAUUUACCUGGUCCACCAAAGCCAGCUGUCAUUUCAACUACUGAGCACCCCGCUGUAUAUUCCAGGGUAGCAUCACCAGAAAUGAUAACAAAAGAGCCCAGUCCACCAAAGACUGUCACAUAUUCCUCAUCCCAACAAGAGCUUUCAGGAGGAGUUGACCUACAGGACAUCACCUCUGAAGAGGUCUUUGAGGCACGCUUUAAAAAACGUGAAUCUUCUCUCUCCAGAAGUUUGAAGUUUCUGUCACGCUCAAAGCAAGAUGAUGGAUUACAAGCUACUUCAGAGUCUACAGAGACAGGUGAAGAGAUAUACAGACCUGGGCCAAUUGGUGCACCAUUAGAAUUAAAACCAAGAAGACUUGAGGAGAAGUCAAAGUCAGUCCAGGACCUUCGUGAAGCUCAAAAAGACCAAGGUUUUAUGAGAAGACUCUCAAUGCGCUUGAAGAGAACUCCAUCUAUGGAGCGCAAAGAGGAAAUGAUGAAGGAAGAUGAUUCUGUUGCCUCAAGACGAAGGCUUUCUUGGACUCUUGGCCGAAGAGGGUCUCAGGAAAAGAAAGAAGUAGAGAUGAACCGAAUGGAUGGUGGAGGCGAUAGAUUGGUGGAAAAUGAUGAAAAGGAGAUUAAGAAACCGAAUGAAUCGCCAGUGUUGGCAAUGCGCAGGAAAAUUGAAUCAACAGUGGCUGGGAUCUCUACAAGAAUCCGCAGCUAUUCAGAGGAAAGAAGAGCAUCAGAAGAAAAAGAACCCAAGAGGACACCCAUUCUUUCCAUGCUUCGUCGUUCAACAUCAGAGAGCCGUACAACUAAGGUUCCUCAGAACCAGCUAGCAUCUCAGGCCACUAAUGGUGCCUCAUCUGAGUCUCUAGACUCUAUGCCCAGUCUAAAAUCAGAAACAGCAAAGGGAGGCUUGGAGGAACGCAGAUCCCGUUGGGAUCGAUGGGGCCUGACUAGAGGGAGGCGAGAUAAGACAGUAUCACAGCCUGACAUACCAACAGCAAUCUCCAGAGAAAAUAGUUCCUUACGUUCACGCCAGUACUCCAAACUGGCUUCUGAUUUCCCUCCAGUAUUCCAUAUCAAACUGAGAGAUCAUGUCCUGCUGGAGGGAGAUCCAGUAACACUCAGCUGUUUGCCAGCAGGAAGUCCCCACCCACACAUCACCUGGAUAAAAGAUAAGAAGCCCCUGGAGAUUGAUGCCAGGAUGAAUAUGAUUGCCUGCCCUGAUGGCCGACAGUUGCUGAUGAUCAUGCAGACCACCAAAAAGGAUGCAGGGGUAUAUGAAUGUGUAGCUACAAACCCCCUGGCCUCAGUAUCGAGUUCUUGCACAAUAUCUCUUGCACGCCUGCCCAAUCGUCCUGGGACCCCAGAGAUUCCUCAGAAGUACAAUAACACUGCACUGGUUCUGUGGAGGCCUUCAGACACAAUGGCCCCAUGCACAUACUCUCUGGAGAGGAGAUCAGAGGGUGAGACCAGCUGGCUGAUUGUGGCCACUGGGAUAGCAGACUGUUAUUAUAAUGUGACUGAAUUACCAGCAGGGGGCUCCUUCAGAUUCAGGGUGGCAUGUGUCAACAAAGCUGGUCAAGGACCCUACAGCAACCUCUCAAAUGUUGUGAGCUUGGAUGCCUCGGAACCAGCUAAAUCCAGUGCCACUGUGGUGGUAAAGACUGUUCCUGCAACUUCCCCUCCUCCCCCUGCCGUAAUGAUGUCAUCCAUGAAAGUGCCUCCAAUGAAACUAGCCCCCAGUAAAGCCACAACAGUGACACAUGCACAACCUGCCCCUCCACCAGCAUCAGCUCCUGCUCCAUCUUUAGCUAAAUCUGCCUCUCCAGUAACCGUCAAGCCUGUUGUGCAGGUUGAUGCUGUUAGUACAGCUCCCACUGAGCAGGCUCCCGUUAAGACCUCAACAACUGCCCAAGCCACGCCAGCCAAAGCCAAGACCUCUAUUAGCAUCAGUGUGAGCAAACCCCAAACAAAGCUGACACCCCCACCUGUUGUUCCACCCAAACCUCAGAGUCCUGUACAUACUGCCCCCCCGAUGACCAACAAACCCCCUUCCCCUGUACCACCAUCUGCACCUAUCAUAGGGAAGCCUAUUUCAUCUGUGCCAAUGUAUGUGCCAGCUGCUACUGCUCGUGCUACUCCACCUUCCCAAACUACUUCCACCCCAACAACCACUGCCCCAUCAGUCACUCCUGCAACCAUCUCCCCACCUGUGGUGGUGGUGCAGAGUUUAACACCAGUGUUGCAGGGAGGGGACAGCCACAGUACCCCAUCUGGAAGGAUCACCCCAUCAGGACGGAUCACACCUUCAGGACGCAGGACCCCACUGGGAAAGCCCGGAGAGGGCUCUCUGCGCCAGGGAGUUCCACAGAAACCAUAUACAUUCAUGGAUGAGAAAGCAAGGGGUCGGUUUGGUGUGAUCCGUGAAUGUCGGGAGAAUGCCACGGGCAAUCUCUUCAUGGCUAAGAUUGUUCCAUAUGAGGCAGACAGCAAGCAGGCAGUGCUGCAGGAAUAUGAUAUUCUCAAGUCCCUUCAUCACGACAGGAUCAUGGCUCUACAUGAAGCUUAUGUCACACCACGCUACCUGGUGCUUAUUUCUGAGUACUGCAGUGGGAAGGAGCUGCUCUACAGCCUUAUAGACAGAUUCCGUUACUCAGAGGAUGACGUAGUGACCUAUAUCGUGCAGAUCAUGCAAGGUCUGGACUACCUCCAUACUCGACGUAUCCUGCACCUGGACAUCAAACCUGACAAUAUCAUUGUCACCUAUAUGAAUGCCAUCAAGAUUAUUGACUUUGGAAGUGCGCAGACAUACAACCCUCUCUUCCUGAAGCAAUUCAGUCCUCCUGUUGGAACACUGGAGUAUAUGUCUCCAGAGAUGCUGAAAGGGGAUGUUGUGGGCCCUCCGGCUGACAUCUGGAGUGUAGGCGUACUGACUUUCAUCAUGUUGAGCGGCAGGUUGCCUUUCAUGGAUAAUGAUCCUCAGGAGACUGAAGCCAAAAUCCAGGCAGCAAAGUUUGACCUCUCCAAACUUUACCAGAAUGUGUCCCAAAGUGCCUCUCUGUUUCUUAAAAAGAUCCUCUGUAGCUACCCUUGGGCCCGUCCAUCCAUCAAGGACUGCUUCAACAACUCUUGGCUUCAAGAUGCCUACCUGAUGCGCCUUCGUAGGCAAACUCUCACCUUUACAACUACCCGUCUCAAGGAAUUCUUGGCUGACCAGCAGCGCAGGCGAGCAGAGGUGGCCACCAAGCACAAAGUUCUCCUGCGGUCUUACCAGAGCUCGCCACAAACCCCCACUAGCCCUGCCACACCGAAUGUGCCAGCGUCACCCACUGCACCUGUUACCCAGUGAAAACAGCUUCCACAUACCAUUUGGCAGGAUUUUACAGUGGGGUGUGUGGUGGAGUGAACAUCCUCCAAGAGACAAGACAUGAGGCUACAGUGGGGUGGUCCCUCCAGAUCUGACCUUAACUUGGUCAGAAGAAGAAAAACUCACAAAACCAGCAAUGGCUGUGAUCUGCAGAAAAAUGAUUU